GAGAGAUUGUGACAAUCCAAUCAAAUCGCAGCCGUCCUCGUGUGUUUAUCUAAAGUUGUAGCCUGCCAAAGAGGAUACUAAACAUUUUGAAAGGCCUGUGCUACUUGAAUAGUUUGAAAAAACAAUUGAACCAUGGACAAUCGGGAGAUUGGACUCUUGCUGGAAGAGUGCCGAAUGGCAGCAGGACAGACAAUGGCACCCACUGCGGAAGCAAAGCUGAAUUACAGGAAGUACAAAGGGUCUCUAACUGUAGAACUGAGCUCCCUGCUUCAGGAGGCUGUGGAUAUGAAUUGGCCCUUUGUGCCAGAGCGAUGGCAGUACAAGCAUUCAGUCAGCUCCCAGGACCAGGUCAACCUCAAAGAUCUCAUCAGUGAACAUCUACCUCAGUUAUUGGCUCUCCUUAAGGCAGCCAUAUUGGUAGAAGAAGCCAAGUUGGCAGUUUCUGUGGUCUUCCUAGUGGACCGGUUUCUGUAUUGGGCAGAUCACUCUAGUUCUCUUUUAAAGAUCACCAAGGAAGUCCACCGACACCACCCAGGGACACCUAUUGCCCCACAGCUGGUCAUUCGGCAAGCAAGGGUCUACCUCAAUUUGGGGAAACUCCAGAAGGCAGAAUACAUUUUGAGCAGUCUAAUCAACAAUUGUGGGGCAACAGGUAGGUCUUUCAAUAAAUCCAAUCAUAAUUCCAACAUGAUGGGACACUUUACCCAGUCUGCGAAGUUUAUUUGGUAUUUUUUAGGUUGUUGGGUGUACCAUUCCGACAGUGACAGGGCUCUUGUGCAGGCAGUCAGUAUUCAAGUGCGCGGACUCGUACUGCAAAAACUGGGGCUGUGGCAGGAGGCUGCUGAGCUGAUAUGCGGAUCACUGGUUGGUUACUAUGCUCUUCCACAGCCUGACAAAAAGGGCAUUGGAACAUCAUUGGGUGUGCUGGCCAAUCUACUGGUGUCCAUGAGUGACACUGAUUUCAAAGCUUUAAAAUCAAAUCCAAAUAUUGACUUGUUUUUUUUUUCGGACACUGGUCAUCGUCUUCUCUGUGCAGCUGAAGCAGCCAAGCAUGCAGUGAUAUACAGUCAGUAUACUUCGCUGUACGUGCUUACCAAUGUGGUGACACAUGGGACCUGCUUGUUGUCCUACAGCUUCUCUGUGGAAUGCUCCUCUUCCGAAAAGUAUUCAUUUCUUCUCCAAGCCAAGGAAGCGUUUGAGAUUGGCCUUAUCACCAAAACAGAAAAGGAUCUGGUCAUCAGCAAACAGGAAUUAUACACCCUGGUCAAGGCAGCCUACUGUCUCUUAGUCACUCACAAAUGGUUGCACUCCUCUGUGGAUGUACAAGCCAUAAAAGCUUGUAGAGAAGCUAUAGAGAAGUUAUACACCUACUGCCACACAGAAAAGCAGGACAAGGACACACUGAGCACUGAGAUCAUGCAUCUCCUAACAUGUGUGAAAUCUCUGUUGCGGGUCAAAUCCUUCCCUAAUUCCAACGAGGGGUCUUUCAUCCCAGAUAGCUAUAGAAGCAUGCAUGGGCGAGAUCUGAGGUUCACUCUAAAUGUUUUUUCUCCGGUGAUUAGGAGUUUUCAACAGUACCAUGCCUCUGUGUGUGAGGCCUCUGAAACAGGCUGUCAAGGAAAGUUAGUGGAGAAGGCUGAAGGGCUGCGUCCUGGACUAUGCAUAACCACACUUGGGACCACCAUAAGUACUUUCAAUACAGAGCCAGACACCAAGAAUUUUAAGCCAAAAAUUGACAAAUGUAAAGAAGAGUUUAAUGUACAGAAGACAUUCAAUUUAUCUGGUCCUCAGACCCUGUUUACAAGAAAACAGGAAUUCUGCCAAACUGUGUGUUCAACUGAUGCACUUCUAAGUUCAGAUAAAGUAGCAUCUGAAUCCAUCCAUAAAUGCAAUGAGGGGCCAAUUGUUAGGAGCAGUUCUCUGAAAAGCAGUCUUGCAUCCUCCUGGCAAAAUAUUGCCAAGAACAGUACAAGAAUUCCACUUAGGAAAAGUAGCAACAAAGAGAGUAGCGUACUGAAUGAAGUAGAUGUUAGGAAGCAGUGUGACCCCUACUAUCUCACUGAAGUUAGUAAGGAUGGGUCCAACAAUGUGUUAGAACCCACCAAUAAAAACAGGAACCAUGAAAGAGAGAGUGGCUUCAAUGCUCCAAAAAGACCCAGAUCACAAUCACAGGUCACUUCCUCUGCCGAGACCGGAGGUUUUAUCAAGCAGUUUGAAAUGAUAAAUGAGCAGAGUCUGAUAGAGACUGUUGGGAUCGAGGAGCCUUGGCUUGCAGUUGGUCAGUCAGAAAGACAGACAGGGGUUGAUAUGGUAACACAGACACAAUCCCAUGCUAAAUUGAAGACAUCCUCCAGCUUGCUUGGUGAUAGCUUUGGAUCGCAGUCCUCUUGGGAAAAAUUGUCCAUGUUUGAUCCAUGCUCUCCUGUCAGCACUGAGCAAAAGAUGUUAGCAAGAGAUGCUAGUGUUACUGUGAACAAACACGGAUUGGUUCUUUACCAGUCCUUAGCUAAUGCUCAACUACCUGACCUAUCAAGACUAGAAAUUAAGAGCUCUAAACCCCUUACAACUGAUCAGGCUCAGUCUUUUUUACAUAUUGAGACAACCGAUGGAGCCGCCAGACAGACAUGUCCUGGCUUCUUAGAUGCAUCUCAUCCCAAGAAUCCACAUUGCUUCAUUGUGGACCAAGAUGCAGAGACAGAGGCAAACACUGACCCUGAACCCAACAAGGCCUACCAUAAAAGUGCACAACAACCAGCACCUGAAGAAUCCAAACCAGAACAGUGCCUAUCAACAGAGACAGGGAGCUCAUUUGAGUUGAUAGAGAAAGAGAUGAACAAUUUUAAAAUUGAUGAACCCUCAUGCAAUGUUGAACAGCAGAAUCGCUUUCGGAACCUAUCAUGCUACACCUGUCAAAACCAUGGUAUGAUGGGUAAUUUAGUGCCUGAAAGACAGUACUUCUUGACACAACAGGACUACGAGGCUUUUCUUGCGUGCAUGUGUCAUAGCUGUUUGCUAAAUAGAUUGCAGAGUACAAGGAAAUUCAAACUCAGAAAACACCAAAGUGCCUACAAUGCUCUGCAACUAAAGUAUUCCAGAGUCACUGGACUGUGGACAGCCCAUGAGACAUAUGCCUACAUUGGAGAGUCAAUCGGGAAAAAUGGCCAGCAGAGAACAGCAUUAUGGGUGCAGUCUCUUCACCAAGAAGAAAGACUCGGCAGGUAUGUGGCAAAGGAGUACCUUAAACCCAAAGAGAUCCAGUUCCACCUAAAUGAUGUGGAAAGACAGAUGACUGCUCAGUAUUAUGUGACACAGUUUAACAAGACACUCUACAACCACAAAGUCACAGCGCAAAUCUUCUUUAUUCCCUCAGAAGUGCUGCUGGGCCAAAUGUACAAAGCUGCAUACUCAUGAAAAUGGGCGAAGAAACAUGUGUGUGGCAUGAGAAUCUGUGUACAGUCUGCACACUUGAGAACCCGUGCAUAGGUCUACAGUUUUUUGAGAUGUGAUACGACACAGAGUGACCGAAACGCAGAGAGAAGUUUUAGUACACCUACAAUGGAAGUCAAUUGUAUAGACUGUCUACAAAUGAUGCCAAUUAUCUUGCUUUAGCCUAUUUAGCCAGAAAGAAAACGUAUGAAUUUGGGCCACAAAUGAGUUAUGCCAAAUGUUAUAUAAAUGUGUUAUCUACUAUUGGUAUGCAAUGCUUUUGGAGGACAUCGACAAUGGGAGAUUAAAGCCUGGUUUAUACUUCUGCAGGUCAGUGUUCUUAAUGUCAUGUGCAGGCGUGUGGCGAUGUGCUCAGCAUUUACUAUAUAGUUUAAUUGAAUUUACGCAAAUUAAUUGAACUUUUUAGGUGACAAGCAAGAACCGAAUUGCCUGCAUCUGUGACAACAGUUUUAUCGUCCUUUAACACCUCUAGAACUAAUUGUUUGUGAACACAGUUUGCUGUGCCAUCCCCAAAUGCAGGUUAAAGCACUAUUAUGCAAAGAAGAAGCCAUAUGUGAACAUGAUCCAGAAACACUGCUAUCUUCUCUGGGCUUAAGCUAAUUUAAAAAGGACUGAGGCAAAGUCGGGGAAAAACUUAGGUGGUCAGAUUAAUUUAAAUGAAACAAAUUUUUUUGAAAUACGCCGCGUCCUAAAGGGACAGUGGUCAGUUCAAAAGCCUACAUUUCUGGACAACAUUCCUCUCCCACACUUCCAGCAACUGGUAUCCUCAGUUCCCAGACAUAUAAAGACUGUUGUUAAAAGAAGAGGGGAUGCUACACAGUGGUGAACAUGGCCUUGUCCCAACUUUUGAGUAGCGAAUAAUGGCUAGCCUAAGGCUACUGUCAGAGCCGGAACUCAAUUUGGAUCUGGAACCACGAGUGGAGGGUGAACCCAAAAGUGAGACGCACUUGGAACUUGAGAGACUGAAAGGUUUUAAUCGGCUCGGCAAAAGUAUGCAGAGCUGCCAACUCUCACGGUUUCGGCGUGUGACACACGCACUUCAACCAUUUCUCACGCUCUCACGCCACACCUUGUAUAUCUCACUCUGAAAAGGCAACUUCAAACAAGUAGAUCCAACGUAAACAGUAACGGACGACGCGCAGGUUAACGGAGUGAAGCAACAUUGACGCGCAAACAGCCGUGUAAACUCGCAUUGUCUCUCCCCCCACUCCAUGGCGAGAGUUACAUCUUGGAAAAAGUUGGAAGCCCUGAGUAUGACUAACAAAAGGUAGCAAAACAGCACAGGCAACCGGCAUCAGCAAACUUAAACAUCAAGCAAGGUGGCAUUAGACUGAGUCCCCUAAAUACCCCAACAGAAUGAGGCCUAGGUGAACCUAAUAACUAAAUCAGAACUGAGCAAGCCGGGCAUGAGGACCUCUAGUGGCCAAAA